AUGGCCGCCAAGACCCCUCUCGAGCUGACCAGCGUGGGCAGAGUCCCCCCGCGCGAGGGUGGGCUCUCGUCGCGUGUGGUGCCGUCGGUGGCGGAGGUGCUCCCGGGACUGUAUUUGAUUGCAACGAUUGUGCGGGCAAAGAAUCGGUGUCUGCUGGAGCUGCUGCAACCGACGGCGACGUCUUCCGACGCAGUCUCGCGCUCGUCUGAGUUAACGCACAGCGACGUGCUGCAACGACGCUUGUCGGAGUCUUUGGAGAGCUCCGCAAGACAGGCAUCCGCAGUGAAUGUACCAGCGACGCUCACGUCUGGCUUUCGAGUGCCGCGAGUCAUCCAACUCGUCGCCGAGGAUGAGGGGAUUAUUGAAACCGUUGCCCUCGUUCGAGAGCCGCUUGGCUUGGCGUUCUCAUCCGCUCUCGAGGGACAAGAGGGCAGCGCUACGCGGACGAGCGCCGGAGACGGCUCGUCGCCUACAUCGAUCCACCACGUGCAUGUGCACUUUUUCAUCGGCACUUCUAACGGAACGGUCCUCGUAGGAAACGCGUUGCGCGGCACCAUCCUGGCCGUCGUGCAGUUUCAGUACCAUCAUCGCUUCGAUGAUGAGCGGCGGGGCGAUCGACUCACCACAACCUCCAACAGCCGCACAGGUGAAUGUCGCGAUGACCCGGCGGCAGGAUGCCCGACGCACGAAAAGGGCACCGCUGUGAACCAGUCGGUGGUGAAGUUUGUGGUGCGCCAGCGGUCCGACGCGCUGCUGUGGAAUCCGUCUCUUCCCUUCUCACAACUGUCGGCGGGCGCGGGGUCGAUACGGGGUAGUGGCCGCUCCGCGAAAGCCAGCGAUUCCCCCGCAUCUCCAACAGCGGACUCGCGCGUCGUCAGCGUCUUUGUUGUGCACAGUGGCGGCAAGGUAGUCGAGCUCUCCCGCGCCGCACUAGACGUGUUUGUGCGCGUCUCCGUCAAUCGUCUGGACGGUCGUCGCCCGCAUCUCAUAUUAGAGUGGUCACCGGAGACGUCCACCACCGCCUUCCCAGUCGCCGGACCUGCCAGCGAUUUUGCUGCACACGUCGACUAUGUGUCGGUGUUGGCGCCGUCGCCGGCCUCGUACUCGACUAUCGAGAGCCGCACCGCGUCCACCAAGUCGGCGACGGCAGAGUCGACCACCUUCUCCAUUGUCGAUGCCGACAUCGUCAGAGAGCCUUCCGGCGCCGGAGCGUCGCCGUUGCUGUCUCCCCUUGAAGCGCAGCGCGGCUUCUCCGAUGUGCUUCUUGUCGGUGGCACAAGCCCGCUCUUCUCGUCGUUUCGCCUGCAGCUUCCGCCCUCGCGCUUCUCGGCAUCGAACACGGUUGCGGCUGUCAAGCACAUGGUAACUGGUGUGGCUCGCUCGCUGUGGUCCAAAGCUAUCGGCACGUCGAAGACAGUGGCCCGCCCACCGCACCUCAAAAAAGUCGCUGCACUGCGCACGCACGCGCUUUUGCAAGCCGACGCGAAAUGCACUGCGCUUCAGGUGGACCCCACGCAGCAAUGGACGGCGCUCGCGAUUGAGGGUGGCGGCCGCAUCUAUGUGGCCGAUGUGCAGAGCGGCAUCGUGGCUACAGUGCUGAAGGGCUGUCGCGCUGCGCAGUUUACAUGGUGGUGGACGGAGCUCGCCGGUGGCAGGCCUGCCUUGUUGCUCGUCGUGUACCUGCCGCUCCGCCGCGCCGUUGAGGUGUACACGACGCGGACGUGGCAGCGCCUCGCCGCACGACACGUGCCGAAGGGGAGUGUGCUGCUGCGAUGCUGUGGGGCGCCAUGUGAAGCAAUGCGAAGCACGUCAGACUCCCACGGACGAGACUGCUCGACUGCUGCGUGUGAUGGCAACGGCACUGCCCCGCUGUUCAUGGACCCUGCCGGAAACGUGUUCCGUGUGGGUAUACAGUGGGUGCUCGACAAUACACAGGCAAGCCUCGCUCGCCUGGGCUCCACACAGCCCGCAUCGCGGAGUGGAGGCGCGGGAGCAGCGUGUCCCGCCAGUGAGACGUGUGCGUUGAGCACGUCGGUGCUGCGGGGUUGCAAGACCCCUGAUGAUUUUCUUGAACUUGCCCUGAAGCUGCCCUUGCCAUGCCCACGCGUCCAGCGACUGGCCUCCGCGGGAGGAGGAUGCAGUGUUCCCGGAGGCGAUGAGGUGCGCAGCUACCUAAAGGAGCUGGCCGUGCUCUGCGAGACAGUCCAGCGUCGAUUUGCGCCAGGGUACGCGGAGAUCGCCGUGAUACCGAUCCCGAGCGCCGUGCAGGACGUUCUGGGCGGCGCGGUGACGGCAGUGCCGCGCGGCGUGACCGCGGCGCAGUGCCUCCACUACGUUCAACUGUAUGCGAGCCUGGUGGAGAACUACCAGCGCCUCUCCACCUGCAAAGACGUCGCUGCGACCCUCUACUUCGACCCGCACCAGUGGACCUCGCCCCUGGUGACUCCGGACCUGUGGAAGGUGACGUUCUGCAUCGCAGCACAUCCCGCCGUAGCUGCCUUUGUGAAAACCAUGGACGCUUAUGUCGCUGCAGCCCUCGCAGCGCACCCCGCCGAACUGCACAUCUACAAGAAGCACGUCUCCACGUACCUGCAGCAGGCAAUGCGUGGCCCCCCUCGUGCAUCUGCUACAGCGGGGCCAGGCAGCGCAUGCCCUGCGGCACGGGAGCUGCUGACAACCAGAGCGGCGCCGUGCUUGGCCGACCCCUCCAGCUUCAUACCCCUUCCUGCAUUUCUGCGCUGCUUCUACGUCGGGUCGAUACACCCCACUUUUCUGCGCGGUGCCAUUGAGAGCGCCGAAGACGCUGACGGCAGCGUCAGCAUUCUCGGCCCCUUAUCCGACCUCGUCUUUGGGGUUUGGGGUGUGGACAGCUUUCUCGCGCAGCUUCCCGCGCUCCGACAGGUUGGCUGCGCAGACAGCGAUAUCGCGCACAUCACUGUCACUUGGGUGGCGCGUCAAGCCGGCCGCGACCUGGCCGCGUUGCUGUCCACCACCACAGUAGGAUGCCUCGCCGCAACGUUGCUCAGCUUCCCUGACGACCACUUCGCGGCGGCAUUGGCACGGGCACCGAUCCCGUUUGUCUCCGUCAAUGGCGAUUUGGCGGCUCGCGCGGCGGUGGACAGCGUGACGGGCCUGCUGUGGUGCUGUGCAGUACGGAUGGCGCUGCGACAACGGACGUCAUCCUUCGCCCAAAGCGAGCUGCUGCUGCGCCGCGUGCGGCAGCUACUUCAGCUGUGGCAUAGUCUCUCAAAGUGCUCACCUCCGCCGACCACCCCCGAGUCCACGGAUGCGGAUCCGAGGCCGAGCGGCAGCGCCGCCUCAGAGAACGCGGUGGCCUUGCAUCUCCGCCUGAGCGGCAUCGAUCCGUCCUGCUUGCCGACCGCAGAGGCUGCCGGUCGUACGUGCGACAGCGGUGGACGAAAGGUGACCGCGACAAGUAUGGUUGCCUGCUCUGAGGGGGACGUCAUAGAGGUGUAUUUGCAGCGCAACGGCAUCACAGCCACGCUCCUGGACGGCUUCGCGGUGCCACGAGCGGACGCGGACGCGGUCGCCGCCCGUCUUUUCCCGCUCCUUUCCGCCUUUGUCUCACUACUCGGCGAAGCGGGGUACGCUAGCGAGCCAGACGCCGUUGUCGUCCCGUCGUUGGCGUGGAUCGACGGGCACCAGUGGGAUGUGGAGGGGUUUCGCAACGCGGCACUACGGCCAAUCGAGCAGCUCUGGCAGCAGCUGAGCUCGACGUCCGCAAAGGACGGCACUGGCGCGCCCUUGAGUAGCAGCACGUCGGCCGUGUACGCGUCCUGCCUCAUUCUUGUAACCAUGAGCGUCCUGCAGCACGCCUUGCGCCCUCUCACCAGCUUAGAUUUUUUUUUCUGGGAAACCGACGCCGUCCCUGAUGGAAAUUUCUUUCCUGUCGACGGAAUCCCAUCCGGUCUCGUGCUGUCCGGCAGCCGCACCACUCGCGACUACCUGAACAGUGUGCAGCGACUCUCGAGUCUGCUGGAGGGCAUGCUGCUGCGCGUCGUCGCGCCGCUCGAGAACGCCGAGCGGGCUCUCCUCAUUCAGCAGAUCAGCCUUGCCUUGGCAGCGGACGACGCGCUCCUCUUCCCGCUCGUGCCAAAGUUUCUGCGUGUGCGGCUGACGAUUUGGAUGCAGGUGCUGGCCCAGACCCCGCGCGCCCCGCUGCGGCGGACGCAGCGAGUGCGUCGGCUGGUGGAGCUGAUCCUCUUCUUUUCCGAGGUGUCCUCCUUGACAAUGGGCGGUGUGCCGCUGACGCAGCUGCAGUCUUACCUCUCCAUUCCGUGGAGGGUCCUGCUCGGUGGUCCCAGCAGACGGGUGCAGCUUCAGCUUCUCCCAACCGUGGCCCUCACGGACAGGGCGUCGCUGACAGCCUGUCGUGCCUCCCCCGCGGCCACCGCCUCGCUAACCACGCGGCGCGCCGACCCCGUGCUUUCGCCGUACGCGGCGGAGGAGGAGGAUACGCACAGUGCCCCGCUGAACGCGCGGGCGGCGGCAACGGUGCUUCGACGGUUUCUGGCCGCUGGAGGCGUCUUGCACGCGAAGCAGCGUGGGGCGACCGCGAUCCCCGCUGCAGGGCCAACGCCUUGCCUUGGUCUCAUCGCCGAGGAUACGCGUCGAGCCCUGGCGUCUCUAGCACAGUGCCUCGGCCUCCACGAGUCUUUCCCCGACAUCGCCGAUGUCGUGCUCAUGGACUACGAGAUCAAGCAUCUGUUCCCCGUCGCGACUGUAGAACAGGAGAUGUUGCUGUUGUCCUCCAAGGCGGCCGCGCCCCAGGUGGCGGCAUCGAUUCUGCAGUCAUUUUUGGUUCUCAUUCUCCAGUGCCUGUCGGCGCGGCGUAACGGGUAUGGGCAGCGCGGCGACCGUGUCGCUUACGAUGCCACUUCGAAACAGCUGUGUAGCAUGGCACAGGCCGCCUCGGUGGAGUUGCGAACAUGGCUGAAAGAACGCGAGGAAGAGAUGACGGUGGCAGCGACGCCCGAGAGCAGGACAAAGAAGGGCGCAGCGGGUGGCAAAGAGUCCACAUUGUCUGCCCUACGCGGCCCUUACGCGGUGCCGGCCGAGUCCGUCUUGGCUGAUCCCGGGUGGGUGACAUCAGCAGAACACCACGAGAUGGGCCGCCUGGUGUCGUCCGUCCUCUCGACCGGGAAGGGAAGUGCGGCCAACAAAAACCUCUUCCACCUGCUCUUCACACUCUCGCAGUGGGCAUGCGAAGGCCGCCUGUACCUCCCAUCUGCUGCGCAGCGAGUGGCACACGAACUGCCGCUGAUCGUUGAGAGGUGGGAGAAGCUGAUUUGA